AUGAAGAAAUCCAUAGUGAAGUCGAAAGUUCGGGAAUCACUUAAAAUUCAUGAUGUGCAUCAGAGUGAAGUAAAAGACAGUAAAUCGCAUCUUAAAAUAGAUGAUGCGCUUCCAUGUGCCACAGAGAAAGAUAAUAUUUUUCCAUGGUACAGUCCUUACGUGAUAUUCGCAGUGACGCUGGUCAUAAGAGUCUACUAUGUAUCGCAGCCUAGGAACUGGUGGAUCCUGCAUCCGGAUGAAGUUUACCAGUCUCUUGAAGUUGCCCAUUCUGAGGUGUACGGCUAUGGAUUUCGGCCUUAUGAAUACCUGACCUCUACACCAAAUGAAAACACGACCAGACUAAGACAAAGAGAGAUCAGUUUGGGGAUGUCUGCAAUGAGGUCUUUUAUUUAUCCAUCCUUUUUCAUAGCUAUAACAUGGGUUGCUGAACUUUUCACUCAGGGUAUUAAGCCAUUCUUGCUAUGGAAAGUUAGUCAUGGUGUAGUGACGUCAUUUUUACCAUUAACGAUCUACAAAUUCAGUACAGAUCUGUUUAACUCUCGGGAUAUUGGUGUUUUAUCGUCUUUUCUAGUCGCAACAUCUGUUCAUCUUAAUGUGUUUGGUACUCAUACAUUAGUGAACAGUUUUUUGGCGCCAUUUGUGUUCUUGACGUCGUCUUUGAUACUGAAUGCGUUUUCAACAUCAAAAAUAAAAGACAGCGAACAAAAAAUGGUUUCGAAAGGAUUGCCUGGGGAAUUCAAAGAUAUCAAUGAUAUCUGUUCUCCUGUCGCAGAAACUACAAACAACUCAAAUGUUACAAUUUUGGGAAAACGACUAACAUUUAAUAUUGAAUCUUUAUUACCAAAUUUUAGUAAAUUUCAAUCAAUGUCGAAAAAUUGUGAGAUCUUGCCAAAUGGAAUUUUAGGUUUGAAGAGGGUAAAUGAGAUCGCCCCACAAGUUGUCCAGAUUUCUUAUCACGUACCAAUCGAUGCUUUCUGGAAUUCCUGGAAAUCCAUUAACCAUCAUCUGAUGGUUACUAUAUCGUCGUUUGUAUUGACAACAUCAUGCUAUACGAGACCGGAUGUAACUUUAUUCUCAGUUACUGUUUUAGUGCCAUUUAUUUCCGUCGAAUCAGUAGCCGCAUCAAACAUUAUAGAAAUUCUGGUUGGAAUGACAUCUGCAACGGCCAUGUGCGUAUGGUUGGAUUUUAGAAUGUUUGGUUUUGGAAUUAUUACACCGUGGAAUUGGUUUUAUUUCAACGUGCUUACUGAUUAUUCUUCUACAUUUUUUGGAAAAAUGAGUAUAUCGUUUUACACCAAUGCUAUGUUCACACAAUCUUAUUUUAAUAGUAUAUUGCUCGUUUUAGCUGUUAUACUCUUGGUGUAUAUGAAAGCGACAUGUGCAUUUAGGAACUGUGAAACUGUGAUGAAGUUGUUCUUGUCAUUUUGUAUUUUACUAGUCAUUUAUUCUCUACAAAGUCAUAAAGAAACGCGCCAUAUUCAUAACUUAUUUUGUUUAUUCUAUAUUUUGGUCUCGUGGACAUUUAUUCGGUUUUUUAAAACAGUUUUAUCAUUAAAAGCAAGCCGUGCGAUGAUAUUUUUUGUGUGCAUCUUAAGUCUUUUCAAUUGUAUCCAAAUAUUUCCUAGUCCUAAAGACCAGACAAAUGUAUCUUGGACAUAUGCUCAUACUAGUGAUUCAAAUGAUGUGAACAGUUGUUUGGACUAUGUGGGAAGUGCUGAUGACGUCACAGGUGUAUUUAUGGAUAGAAGUAUGCAUAUGUCUGGAGGAUAUGCCAUUCUACAUAGAAAUAUUCCCAUUCUAGCCUUAAUGAUAAACGAAUUCAAUGAAUUUGAUCAUAUGUCAAGGACUACCAUAGCUUCCAGUGUCAGUUGGGCAUCCAAGGAUGUUCACGUGUCAACGUUUAGUCGUGCCUCCAACUUUAUCUCAGUGUCGAACGCGCCAUAUUUAUUAAAAUAUUUAAUCGAAAAUCCUCAUUAUAAUUAUUUGAUUUUGAAAGUAAACAGACGUUUUAUCACAUACGGUUACGUGGAAAUUUUUCGAUCAGGUCAAAUGAAAGUUUUAAAACGAAAUUCAAAACCAGGUGAUGAGAAAAGACUUCAAGAAACUGCAGACAAAAUAACCAUAGGAUUGAAUGCAACUGUUUUAAAUCACGAAGGCAAUAUGCUGUUUGAUCUAGGAUGUGAGGAUAAAGCAAUCGAGCGUCUUGAAGAAUCCAGAAAGAUCGACCCAUUCUUUAUUAAUAACUAUCAAUUAUUAUCCAAUUUAUAUUUCCUUAAGGGCAAAAGGCCGAAUUUAUUAUGCAAGCAUGCUUUGAAAAAAUUGAUAAAAAUUCAUGUAUGA